AGGAAAGUAUUUCCCAGACAUUAUAAACCCUAGGAGGAGCAUUGGUGGCCCGCCUUCCAGAUAUCUCUGAGGAGGACUUGCACGAGGAGUCUUUGUCGAGGAGUUCCGUCUUAGAAUUCCUUCGCGGACGCGCUCUUGCCUCCUGUGAGUUGCUACCCAGCUAACGGCAACAAUGAAGCUCUUCAAGUUCCUCGCAACGAUGGUCUUCUUCUCCGUGUUCUACCGCUUCUCGGAGCAGAAUCAGGUGGAUGUGCUGUGCUCGACCGAUUGGUUCAUGGUCACAGUCCACCCCUUCUUGCUGAAUAAUGAUGUGUACGUCCACUUUUAUGAGGUGCAUUUGGGCCUGGGAUGUCCUCCCAACCAAGUUCACCCACACUUCUACGAGUUCACCUACCGCGUGACGGAAUGUGGCAUCCGCGUCAAGGCCGUCUCUCCAGAUGUGGUUAUCUACAGCUCGGAGAUCCACUAUGCUUCGAAGACCUCAUCGUCUAGAUAUGUGAUCCCCGUGUCGUGUGCUGCCCCUCGACGGUCCCCUUGGCUCACCAAGCCCUACUCCACGAAAGCUGGAAACAAUAACAACGCCGCGACCCCGAAGAAUGAGACGUCCUACCACGUGUUCAGCUUGCCAGAGCCGAGCCCGCAAGUUAACUGCAGCUGUCCACCUUCUGUCUUCCAGCAGAAGAGCAUCUAAGGCCCACGUCAGGGACAGAGUCUUCGGAGGCCCAUCUUGUGUAGUCGUCUGACACCACUGACUACUUCUGGGACUCGCGUGUUCACUCAGAUGGCAUGAGGAAACCCGUGUAGUGCCCAGAUUUGGAGGUUUCUGAAAGACCUGUUCCUAGCAUUAGUAUAUAGCAUUUUCUACUGCCAGU